GGCGAACAACGGUUGGAUGCCGCUCAGCCCUAGGCUCUCCAAUAUUCGUCGAACCUCGAUUGUGAUACACCUGAUUUACCAGUAACAGCCGGCUAAGAUGGGUCCAUCGGUUAGUUGUUCAGGGUGAGCUCCAUACUAUCUCCACCGUUAUGGUAUUGGCACAGCGCUGUACGCCUACAUCGACAACGGAAGCAUCUGCCCAGCGUUCACAUACGAGUAUAUAUCUGCCGCCCGCUUCCCCCUGAGCCUUUCUCCUCAGCUUCGACAGACAUCAACAUGCGUCCUGCAAAUUUCCUCAUCCCGGUUCUUCCACUCGCUCCUCUUACCUCUGCGUGGGGUAUGCUCGGCCACAGAACGGUAGCUCUGCUGUCGACCCGUUAUCUACUCCCCGAGACUGCUCAAUGGGUUCGUGAACUCCUCGGCACGGAGAGUAUUGUUGCCGCAUCGACCUGGGCGGAUGGUUUCUCCCAUUCUAAGGACGGCCGGUACUCUGCACCGUGGCACUGGAUUGACGCGAAGGAUAACCCACCACACACCUGCGAAGUCAAGUACUCAAGAGAUUGCAAGAAGGACCAAGGCUGUAUUGUCUCCGCUCUCGUUAAUAUGGUAUCAUUCCUCCCACCCUUUACCCCUCCCAUUCGCCGAGGAUGAAUGAUGAACUAAUGAAGAGAUGGAGAGAUAGACCGGUAGAGUCACAAAUGAAGGGCUAUCCCGCUACGAGCGCACCAUGGCGCUGAAAUUUAUUAUUCAUUUUAUCGGCGACAUCCACCAGCCCCUCCACACCGAAGACCUCCUUCGCGGCGGCAAUGGAAUCAACGUGACUUUCGAUGGUAGGGACAAAAACCUUCACAGCGUGUGGGACUCUGCCAUCCCCGAGAAGCACAUAGGGGGAAACGAGGUCCGGCACGCUGCGACGUGGUCGAAUAGCCUGCACACUGAGAUCGAGACGGGCAGGUUCAAUGACCCUUCUAUCAAACAGAGUUGGAGCGGGUGCAUUGAUCCGACAACACCGCAGAAGUGUGCCCUUGUGUGGGCCAGUGGGAGCAACAGAUGGGUGUGUGAUUACGUCUUACCGCCGGAUUAUCCUGAAGGGUUUGAGGGAAGUGAGCUAGGUGGAGAGUAUUAUGAUGGCGCGGUGGCGAUUGUGGACGAGUUGGUUGCACAAGCAGGGUGGAGACUUGCGGGAUAUCUGAAUAUGAUUAUUGCGGGAGAGACUGGGCUUUCGACUGGCAUCCGGUCAGAUGGUUUUUGGGAUCAGAGUGACUUGAACCGUGGGCGGGAAAGACUUGAACGGGGAGAUAGGGAGACUAGAGCGCCUCCUCGGGGACCAAAGAAGCUUAUCGGAAAAAUUGGGGGGUGGUGGGGCAAUUUGAGAGCCGGAGAGCUUUGAAUAGUGUUUGGUUACAAUCUAUUUUUCGUUUCUGUUGGGCUAUCAAUUGUUGUACUUUAGGAUUCUGGUUGGUUUCUGGGGGACUCGGUUCGGGUUAAUUUUGGCCUUCAAUCGAAAGAUCUUGGUUAUUU